AUGCUGGUUUCGCUCCUCUGGAAAUUGCACUCCGCUUCACGCCGGCGCGCUUUCUCAUCGCUUCCCUUCGCCCGAAUUGCCAUGGCUACUCCCGGGGGGCAUCCUAAAGAUGAAAUGUACCUUGGUGCAGUGAUUCCCAAGCGCAUCCAGCUCUUCCAGGCGAUCCAGUCGCAGCAGAAGUCCCAUCUCGAUUCCCUCCCUCAUGACUCUAUCAGGGUUACUUUGCCGGAUGGGACAGUGAAGGAAGGUAAGAGAUGGUCAUCGAGUCCGCUGGACAUUGCAAAGGAGAUUUCCAAGAGUUUGGCAUCUAAUGCGUUGAUCUCUCAAGUUAAUGGAGUGUUGUGGGAUAUGAAGAGGCCAUUGGAAGCCGAUUGCGAGUUGAAAUUGUUUACUUUCGAUAGCGAUGAAGGGCGUGAUACUUUUUGGCACUCUAGCGCUCACAUUCUUGGCGAGUCACUGGAACAAACAUAUGGUUGCAAGCUUUGCAUUGGACCUUGCACCACCAGAGGGGAGGGAUUCUACUAUGAUGCGUUCUAUGGGGAAUUAGGUUUAAAUGAUGAACACUUCAAGCAAAUUGAAGCUGCAGCCUCAAAAGCUGUCAAGGAAGGACAAGAUUUUGAGCGCAUUGAAGUUACCAGGGAUGAGGCCCUUGAGAUUUUCUCUGAUAACAAUUUUAAGGUUGAAAUCAUAAACGACCUGCCUUCAGACAAAACUAUUACUGUGUACAGAUGUGGUCCGCUGGUGGAUCUGUGCCGUGGUCCCCAUAUCCCAAACACAUCCUUUGUAAAGGCAUUUGCAUGCUUGAAGGCUUCUUCUGCCUACUGGAGGGGGAACAAAGACCGUGAAAGUUUGCAGAGGGUAUAUGGAAUAUCAUACCCUGACCAGAAGCGUCUGAAGGAGUAUCUUAAAAACCUGGAAGAAGCAAAGAAGUAUGACCACAGAUUGUUGGGGACAAAGCAGGAACUUUUCUUUUGUCAUCCGUUGAGCCCUGGAAGUUGGUUCUUCCUUCCUCAUGGGACACGGAUUUACAACAAACUAAUGGGGUUCAUAAAAUCUCAAUAUAUCCAGAGGGGUUAUGAGGAGGUCAAAACCCCAAAUAUGUAUAACAUGAAACUCUGGGAGACAUCUGGGCAUGCUGCAAAUUACAGGGAUAACAUGUUUCUGCUUAAUAUUGAAAAGCAAGAAUUUGGGCUGAAACCAAUGAAUUGUCCUGGGCAUUGUUUGAUGUUCCAGUAUAGAGUUCGCUCUUACAGAGAACUUCCUAUUCGUAUGGCAGAUUUUGGUGCCCUGCAUCGCAACGAGGCUAGUGGUGCACUCACAGGGUUAACUCGCGUUCGUAGGUUUCAGCAGGAUGAUGCUCAUAUCUUCUGCAGAGAGGACCAGAUAAAAGACGAAGUGAGAGGUGUCUUGGACUUCAUUGAUUAUGCAUAUAAAAUAUUUGGAUUCACUUAUGAGCUGAAGCUCUCUACGAGGCCGGAGCAAUAUCUAGGGGAGGUGGAAACAUGGGAUAAAGCUGAGGCUGCUCUGACAGAAGCAUUGAAUGAAUUUGGGAAGGCGUGGCAGAUAAAUGAAGGGGAUGGUGCUUUUUAUGGUCCUAAGAUAGAUAUCAGUGUAUCUGAUGCAUUGAACAGGAAAUUCCAGUGUGCCACAUUGCAGCUUGACUUCCAGCUUCCAGAUCGUUUCAAGUUGGAAUUCUCUGCUGAGGAUGAAACCAAGUUAGAAAGGCCAGUGAUGAUACAUAGAGCAAUCCUGGGAUCUGUGGAACGUAUGUUUGCUAUACUAUUGGAGCAUUACAAGGGGAAGUGGCCUUUCUGGCUUAGCCCACGUCAAGCAAUUGUCUGUCCUGUGUCUGCCAAAUCAGUGGACUAUGCAAAACAAGUACGAGAUAGGAUUCAUCAAGCUGGAUAUUAUGCGGAUGCUGAUAUAACAGACAGGAAGAUCCAGAAAAAGGUAAGAGAGGCCCAAAUAGCACAGUACAACUACAUUUUAGUUGUCGGCGAAGAGGAAGCCAACACAGGCCAGGUGAGUGUGCGGGUCAGAGACAUUGCGGAUCACUCGGUGAUGAGCAUAGAGAGCUUGCUCCAACACUUUGCCGACGAAACUGCUGCAUUCCAUUAG